AUGGUACCAUCCUGUGGUGUGGAAGCAAGUUCUAAUCUCAUACACCAUAAUCCGUGGUUGGUGUACAUUGAGUAUUGGAGAGGUGAUUACAGAACAUAUGUGCGGUGUGCUGCUACCCUGGUAGAUAGCAGACACAUCAUCACUGCAGCUCAUUGUAUCAGAACCCCAAAAUUUACAAGAUUAGUAGCUCGUCUUGGCGAGUAUGACUUGUCAAAAAUUGAUGAUUGCGUUGACGGGAUCUGUGCUGACAAGAUAGUCAGGAUCGAUGUGGAGAAAGUCAUCGUGCACCAAGAUUAUGAUGGAAGAAGUCAUGAUAUUGCCGUUCUGAAGCUCGCAGACGAUGCUCCUUAUACCGAGUUCAUUCGUCCCAUCUGCCUACCAAGUGGCGAGCUUCGAAUGGACACAAUGUUCGCCGCUACGGGAUGGGGCGAGAUUCCUAUGCAGGGGUAUUAUAGCUCUACCAAGAAGAUCAUCCCUCUACCAUUGUGGGGAUCUGAUGAAUGCAAGGCUGCAUAUAUAAAUCUAAUCGUACCUGAGAACACUAUCUGUGCUGGAGGAGAAGAGGGUAUCGAUACUUGUAGAGGAGAUUCAGGAGGGCCGUUAGUCCGAUAUGAAAAAACAGCUGAGUUGUGGGGAGUGACCAGUGCGGGAAAUAGCCACUGCGGGACGAAAGGCUCUCCGGGCAUCUACACUAACGUUUUCGUGUACCUGCCAUGGGUUAAGGAUGCUAUGGCCGGGAUCCACGACGAUAAAGCUGAAAAAUUUGAUGUAGUUUAG